UCCCCACAGAAGCCGAUGACGGCCGACGAGAUGAAGCGAUUGGGGAACCGUGUGGUCAGUCACGAGGCGAUACUGAACGGCAAGAUUUCGGGCACUUUUAGUAUUGAAAAACGUCAGCAAAGGGUGUCUGUGGACGAGCUGUCGGACGUCCAGUUGUAUCAGAUGCUCGAGAAGUAUGUGAUGAAUGAGUCGCAACUCGUAGAGUACGGGUACCCGAGACCCGACCCCCAGAAGCGAGGGUCGGCGCUGCUGCCGAAGCCGAGAGCCAAUUAUAUUAAGAAUAAUUACGACACUCGAGUCCGGACCUGUUGCCGGUGUCAGAAGACGUAUAACGUGGAUGACAUGGAUAUGCCGACCCGUAAGGAGGACUGUAUAUACCAUUCCGGCCGCAUAUGGACCGAGCGGUACAAUAAGAGUGUGGAGCGGAAGUACUCGUGCUGUAAGAACGACAUCAGUUCCGGCGGCUGUUCCUCCAAUGGUUACCAUAUUGCCGAUGGCUGUGAUAGACCUGAUUAUUGUGAUAAAUACGUGCGAACACUGCCUAUAAAGCCGGCGCCGCAGUCGGGCUAUUACGGCAUCUUUGGGCUCGACUGCGAAAUGUGUUACACAACCCAUGGCCUGGAGUUGACUCGAGUGACUGUUGUGAACGUAAAGCAAGUGACGGUUUACGAGACAUUCGUGAAGCCAUUGAAUCCAAUACUCGAUUACAACAGUAAGUUCUCCGGCAUUAAGGAAUCAGAUCUGCGAAGAGUGACCACAACGUUGUCGGACGUACAGCUGAAGCUGCAGACACUGUUCAACGAUAAGACAAUACUGAUCGGACACAGUCUCGAGAGUGACUUAAAGGCGUUGAAGUUGAUCCACAACACAGUCGUCGAUACCGCGCAAGUGUUCCCCCAUAAGAGAGGUCUGCCCUUCAAGAGGGCGUUGAGGACAUUGACCGCGGAGUUCCUGAAGAAGAUAAUCCAAGACGACGUGGACGGACACGACAGCAAAGAGGACGCGACCGCUGCCCUGAAACUCAUGCUCUGGAGAGUACAGGAAGACCUCAAGAAGUUUAAGCGAUGA